CAUACAAAUCUCUCUCUAUCUCUAAUUUCUUAACCCUAAAAAAAAAAUGUCUGAAGUUGAGUACCGGUGCUUUGUCGGCGGCCUUGCCUGGGCCACCAAUGAUGAAGAUCUAGAAAGGACCUUCUCACAAUUCGGCGACGUUCUCGAUUCUAAGAUCAUUAACGAUCGCGAGACUGGAAGGUCAAGGGGAUUCGGAUUCGUCACCUUCAAGGACGAGAAAGCCAUGAGGGACGCGAUUGAGGAGAUGAACGGAAAAGAGCUCGAUGGACGUACCAUCACCGUGAACGAGGCUCAGUCAAGGGGUAGCGGCGGCGGUGGAGGAGGCCGUGGAGGCGGUGGCGGUGGUUACCGCAGCGGAGGCGGUGGAGGAUACGGAGGAAGCGGUGGCGGAUACGGAGGAGGAGGUGGUGGUUACGAGAGACGUAGUGGAGGUUACGGAUCUGGUGGAGGCGGCCGCGGUGGAGGAGGAUACGGUGGAGGUGGUGGUCGCCGUGAGGGAGGUGGAUACGGAGGAGGUGACGGUGGAAGUUACGGAGGAAGCGGUGGAGGUGGCUGGUUUCCUUUUAACCAGAUUUGAGAGUUUUCCAUUAUCGCCCCCAAAUAAAUUAUUUUGUUGACA